AUGGUGGACAACAAGGAAGUUGCACAGGUAGACUCGAAAGUGGUUGCCACUCAAUUUAUUCAAUAUUAUUACAAAGAAUUGUUGAAUGGACCUCAAAAUGUUUUAAAGUGCUAUUCUGUGAACUCUAGCAUCAAGCGAUUCGGUAGAGAACUCGUUUCUGGUUUGGAGGUGAGAAUAAAAAGCCUUAUUUUAUUUUUAGUUCCUUACCAAACCUGGUCAGCGAUUAAUCGAUUAAACAUUUUAAAACACAUGCAAUAUAUUUUCAGAACAUCAAGGCUGAGUUGGAGCAAUACCAUGUUACCAACGUGAAGAUCUACAAAAUCAACUCUGUCUACUCGAUUAAAGAUUCUGUUUUUUUGCAAGUUGGUGCUGAAAUCGCCACUGAAACCAAGCCAGAAAGAACCCCUGUGAUUCACAAUGUAUUGUUGGUUCCUCGUGGCCCGCUUUCCUUUUACAUCCACUCGGACCUUUUGGAUUUUGUCGACAAUCUGUUUGACGACGGAAAGCCUAAACCAGUCAAGGCUCCGGCCAAAUACGAAAAUCAAACUAAAGUUGAGAAGCCAGUCCAAAAUGGAGUAAGCUCAAUUGAAAAAACGCAAAGCCCAGUGAAACCUGUUCAACAAGUACCACCAAGUUUGGCCCAGCCUGUGACGCCGUCAGCCCCGCUGCAAAACGGCACCCACGAAAAAAUCGACCAAGUCGGUUUUCUACAAAGCUUGGAAGCACACGUUCCUUCUCUAACACGACCAACACAACAAACUCAACUUCCUCCAACCCAACCUCGAACUGAAACUAAACCAUUUGAACAACCACCUUUGAAGACUGGGCCAGCCACCUGGGCUCAAUUGGUUGGCGGCGGAGCGUCACGAAAUGGUGGCCUAGCAUCUCCAACAAAGCCAAUAGAGCCACCAAAGCCUGUUGGUUUCCAAAACAAGAAGCCCCAGGAACAAAAAACGCAACAACAACAACAAUCUCAACCAAAACAACGACGUGACGAUAAAACAGAAAAGAACCCACGAAGACUACACUUCAGUUAUCUGAGAAGGAAACAACAGACUGGUCAACCUGUGCUGGAGGAGAUUAUCAAACAAGCCUUCUCGCGUAAGUUUCUUUUGCCUCAAUUUUUUCUAAAUAUUUAACAAUAAAUUGUGGAGUAGUUUGUGGAAAAAAUUAACUGAAAUUUUUAGACCUUGGAAAUGUUGAAAAGGUCAAUGCCUUUGGGUCAGACAAGUGGGUCAACGGCUACGUUGAGUUUGAAAAAGAGUGUUCUGUUCAGACGGCUAUUAGUAUGGUAGACAAUGUAAGUUUUUCUACUUUUUUUAAUCUUUAGAAAAAAAAAGUUUAAUUAAAAAAUAAAGGCAAAAGAUAAUAGUACCAAGCUUACGUCAUCGAAUUUCAGAAUACUGGAAAACCUGGCUUGCAGCUUCGCAUUGCCAUCCCAGUUUGGGAGUUGGACGAGCAUGUUCAAAUCUCGGAAACGCCUCGCAUUUCGAACGGAAGCCGUGGCUUCAACAACCGUACUGGUCAGUCGCACCAGCAGAAUAGCAAUAACGGAUGGAAUAAUGUUGGACGUCGUGACAACCGUCAAUUCCGUCCUAAGUUUGAAAACCAGACUGCUCAGGCACGCUGA